AUGACCAGCAGCAGCAUACGCGACACGGUUUCGCGACGAGCACAGGCGCUUUGCGAGGCAAGCAUCCCAGCCACACUCACCCUCCUCGCCUGCUGGCACAGCAGCACCACAGCGCCCACAGUGCGAGUGGCCGGAGCGUUGCUCGCCAUGCUGGCGCUCUGGCAAAGCGCGCAGACUGCCGCCGGCGCAGCGUCGAGGAGCCAGCGCAAAGAUGCCGGCAGCGGCCGAGCCUGGGCCACGCUUCUGGUGCCGCUCGUUCUGCUGGCGAAGGGCGCCGAUGCGCCGGCCUGGGCGGCCCCGGCAGCGCAGGCGAUGGCGCUGGAAUCGGCGCUGUUUUGGGGCGCAGAAGACCCGCGCGCGCCGCCAAUGCGCAGACGAGUGGGCGUGUGGGCGGCGGGCGUGGGCGCCUUGGCGUGGGGCAGCGGCGGCGGCGGCGGGGGCGGCAGCGGCGGCGGCACCGUGGCGGCGGCGCUGGCGGCGGGCUGCCUGGGCGCGGCGCAGCAUUGGCUGGCGGCGUAUGCGAUGUCGCGGUUCCCGCGCAGCUUCACGAUGGGCGAGGCCGCUGUGGGCGCGCAGGCCGUCUUGCUGGCGGCCGCGCACCUGGCCGCAGGCGCGGCCGGCGGCGGCUCCGUGGCUGGGGCUACGGCGGCCGCCGAGGCCGCGUGCGUCGCGCUGCUGGCGCUCGCCCAGGCGCUGGCCACCGCCACGGCCGGCGCGCGCGCAUACACGCGCCGCGGGGCGGCCUUCCUUGUCCUGUCGCCGGCGUUUGCCGCGCUGGCCGUGGCGCUGGCGGCGCUGGCGUCCGGCGCCAGCCCGGCCGCGUGGGCGCUGCACGCGGCGCUGCUGCUGGGCGCGCCGGCGCACCUCGCCGUGCUCGGCUACUGGGCGCUGCUGCUCGCCGCGGCCGGCGCGCUGGCGGCCCGCACGCGCUGGCUGGGCGCCGGCGCCGAGACCGGCGCCGCGCCACCGACCAAGCUGCAGCUGCACGUGCGGCGCAAGGCCUACCACCUGCUGGCCACGGCGCUCUUCGCGCCCGCCCUGCUCCACGCGCCCCUCCUCCUGCACCUGGGCUUCACGGCGGCGCUGGCCGCCUUCGUGCUCGCCGAGUGCCUGCGCGCGCUGCGCGUGCCCGGGUACUCGGCGGCGAUCGACGCGUUCCUGCGGCGGUUCACGGACCACCGCGACACGGCGCGGCUGGUGACGUCGCACUUCCACCUGCUGCUGGGCUGCGCCCUGCCGCUGUGGCUCGGAGGGCCCAGCCGCCUGGCGCAGCUCUCCGGCGUGCUGGCGCUGGGGCUGGCCGACAGCGCGGCGUCGCUGGCGGGCGUGCGCUUUGGCAGCCACAGGUGGUGGUUCGCCACCAGCAGGUCGCCGAAAUCCAUCGAGGGCUCGGCCGCAUUUGCCCUGGUCCUGUUUGGCGCCUGCUGCGCGGCUGGCCAUGUCGCGGGGGAGCUGCGCGCGUGGCCGUGGCUGGCGCUUGUUUGCGCGCUGAUGGCUGCGCUGGAGGCGCUGACCGAGCAGAACGACAAUUUGGUCGUGCCUUUGGCCAUGUACGCUGCCGUGCACGUGCUGCUGCUGGGCUAG